UAAUGUAUCCGACAUCUUGAAAAUAGUAUGGUCGCUUUGCAGGGUGUCGGUGUGUGUUUGUUUAAUAUGUACGUGUGUGUAAGUGUCGUACGGGUGCCACAAAAAGCGUACAUUUAUUUUGCACAAAAAAACUAUUGAUUGUUUCUCUUAAUUACAAAACUCAUACUUUUAAUUUAUUAAAUGAAUUAGUCACACUUCAUUUCUUAAUAAAUAAACAUUUUAUGCAACCUAUAUGUACAUCAGAGAAAAAAAAGAGUUGUGAAAACCGAACUGUUAAUUUUCAUAAAUAGGAAUUCGAAAAAUUCCAGAUUUAUACGUGUUGUUUGUACAUAUACAAAAGUUUUGCAUAUAUCCAUUUCAACAUGAACAUUAAACCUUAUUACAAGUUUGCUGGUAAAGAGUGAUAAUGUAGCAGCAGAAGUUGGAUGCAAACAGAAGAAAAGCAAGUUGUAGAUGAGUUGUAUGUGUAUGCCAUGUGAAUAUGGAUAAAACAGAGCUAUAAUAGUAGCAAUAAGAAUUCCAUAGGAGAAAUCAAAAACAAGAACAAACAGAAGGGAAUUAUACAGCCUUUGCAGACGAUUAUACUCCUAAAUAUAUAUAUAUUUAUAUAUAUAUACAUUGGAUCUAAUCGCCAUUGUGGCGAUUAGCCUGCGAUUUGUGGAAAUGAAUAUUCUAAUUUGUUGUUUACUAACAAUAACAAUUUAUGGAUUUUCAUCAACGUCACCAUCAUCAUUAUCAGCAUCGUUAGCAUCAUCAGCGGUAUCAGCAUUAAGCAAUGGAUUGACACCAUGGACUCAACGAGUUGAUAGGAUAAAACGUGGUGUGUCCGCCCUUAAAAUGAAUGUAACGGACACUGAUUUGAAUUUGGGAUACUUGAACAGCAGUAGCAGCACCAGCAGUAGCAGCAAUGUAAUCACAAAUGUCGCCAAUUUUGAUACGACUCUCAAUCAUUUAUUAGUGGAUACAAUAACGGGACGUGUUUUUGUUGGGGGUGUAAAUCGCUUGUACCAGCUGUCACCAGAUCUGGAGCUACAUGAAUCUGUGAAGACGGGUCCACAAAAUGAUUCAGUGGAAUGUACAAUACUUGACUGCCCGUUGAAUGCGAUACGAAAGCCAACUGAUAAUUAUAAUAAGGUCUUACUGAUAGAUCGUGCCACAUCUCGUUUGAUUGCUUGUGGAUCGCUGUUUCAGGGCACGUGUACAGUGCGUAAUUUACAAAAUGUUAGCAUCGUUGAGCAUGAGGUGCCCGAUGCGGUUGUCGCCAACGAUGCCAACUCAUCGACGGUGGCAUUUAUUGCACCAGGACCGCCGCAGCACCCGGUGACAAAUGUUAUGUACGUUGGCGUUACCUAUACAAAUAAUUCACCAUAUCGCAGCGAGAUACCUGCCGUAGCAUCGCGCUCAUUGGAAAAAUCAAAAAUGUUUCAAAUUGCCUCAUCGGCGGUAACAACUGGAACGCGCACUUUUAUUAAUUCAUAUGCCCGAGAAACAUAUUUGGUUAACUAUGUGUAUGGCUUUAGUUCGGAACGUUUUUCAUAUUUCCUUACCACUCAAUUGAAGCAUAGUCAUCAUUCAUCGCCAAAGGAGUAUAUUACGAAACUGGUACGAAUAUGCCAGGAGGACUCAAACUAUUAUUCAUAUACUGAGAUUCCCGUUGAAUGCAUUAGUGAAGCUCAGGGCGGUAUUAAAUUUAAUCUCGUUCAGGCUGGAUUCUUGGGAAAGCCGAGCUUGGAUCUAGCCCAAAGUCUAGGCAUAUCAAUACAAGACGAUGUCCUCUUCGCCGUCUUCUCAAAGGGUGAAAGCAAUACACCGACCAAUAGUUCAGCCCUUUGUAUAUAUUCAUUGAAGUCGAUUCGUCGUAAAUUUAUGCAGAAUAUCAAGUUCUGUUUCAAUGGAAAUGGUAUGCGUGGACUUGAUUUCAUAUCACCCAGCAUGCCUUGUGUUCUAACGAAACUACAAACGAUUGGUGAAGACUUUUGUGGAUUGGAUGUGAACUCACCGUUAGGUGGAGAACAGCCAAUCACAGCUGUUCCGGUAGCAAUGUUUAAUACACGUCUAACAUCUGUGGCGGCGACUAGCACCAGCGGCUAUACAGUUGUAUUUAUUGGCACUGUCGAUGGGUAUAUCAAGAAAGUUGUUGUUGAAUCAUCGACUAUUGCUAACGAAUAUGCUAGCUUGGCCGUUGAUGUUGGAUCAGCCAUUAAACAGGACAUGCAGUUUGAUAAUCAAAAUCUAUAUGUGUAUGCGAUGUCUGAUCGCAAGGUGUCGAAAGUGAAAGUCUAUGAUUGUGCCGAUUUUAAGACAUGCGGCGAAUGCUUGGGCGCUCGUGAUCCAUAUUGUGGGUGGUGUUCAUUGGAGAAUAAGUGUAGUCCACGCUCUAAUUGCCAGGAUGAUGCCAAUGAUCCAUUAUAUUGGGUUAGCUAUAAAACGGGAAAAUGCACAACAAUCACUAGCGUUGUGCCGCAUCAAUUGCAACGGACAACCGCCCGCACCUUGGAGCUCAUAAUCGAUCAUUUGCCGCAAUUGAAAGAGAAUUUAAUCUGCGCCUUCACUACCGAGGACAAAGCUCUGUUUACAAACGCCACAAAGAAACGCAAUGGUGUUAAUUGUACAACACCGCGUACGGAUAUGUUGCCGCAAAUUGAGCAGGGCAAACAUCAUUUUACAGCCAAAUUAUCUGUACGCACAAGGACUGGACCAGAUCUAGUCUCCACAGACUUUACGUUCUUUGACUGUAGCACCCAUUCGUCCUGUACACGAUGUGUAUCAUCGGAAUUCCCUUGCGAUUGGUGUGUCGAAGCGCAUCGCUGCACGCACGAUACAGCUGAGAAUUGUCGCAAUGAUAUUUUGGUUACGGGCGUAAGUCGAAUAGGUCCGAGCUAUCGUUCAGGUCCUGGCUUCUGUCCAACCAUCAAUGCAACUGGCGACGGUAGUGAGGUUCUUGUUGCUGCCGGCACUAGUAAAUCGAUUAAGGUUAAAGUUCACAUUAUUGGACAGUUUAUUGUGCAAACACGUUUCGUCUGCCAAUUUAAUAUAGAGGGUCGUGUUACUAGUCUAAAUGCUCAAUUGUUAGGUGAUACAAUCUACUGCGAUAGCAUGGAAUUUCAAUACACAUCACGUUCACCGAAUUUGACAGCAACUUUUGCUGUUAUCUGGGGUGGAUCGAAACCCCUUGACAAUCCUCAUAAUAUUCAUGUUGUGAUAUAUCGAUGUCGCGACAUGGCUGACAGUUGUGGCAUCUGCUUGGCACUGGCUGAGAAAUAUAAUUGUGGUUGGUGUUCAUCGACAAAUACAUGCGAAGUGGUUGAGCAGUGCAACAAGAAUAAUGAGGGCAAAACGGAUUGGCUGAAUCGUAGUGAAAUUUGUCCAAAUCCAGAGAUACAUUCGUUUGGCCCAAAAACUGGACCCUGGGAGGGCGGCACCAAUAUAACGAUAAAGGGUAUAAACCUUGGCAAGAACUAUAACGAUAUCUACUCGGGGGUGCGAAUUGCGGGCAUUAAUUGUAUGCCAUUUCAACAGUUCUACAUUGAUACAAAACAAAUCGUCUGCACUGUGGAUAGUCCCGGCGAGCAGAUGUAUCGAAAUGGACGAAUUGUGGUACAAAUCGGUGACUAUCGUGGCGAGUCGAAAGAGGAUUAUGAAUUUGUUGAUCCAAAAAUAUCGAAUUUUUAUCCACGUUUCGGACCCACAUCCGGUGGUACGCAGAUACGGAUCAUAGGCAAAUAUCUAAAUGCCGGCUCACGUAUACAGGCUUAUAUCAAUGAUCAUUUACCAUGUAAAAUCAUAAGCACGGACUCGUCGCAAGCUAUAUGUCGAACAUCGCCUUCGCCUGGUAUAAUUGAGGGUCGCCUAAAAAUGUCAUUUGACAAUGGACCGCGCGAGUUCAAUGAUUACAAUUUCAAAUAUGUGCUUGAUCCAACGGUUGAGCACGUUAGUUCCGGACCGAGUGCGCAGAUUAAAAUACCAAAGGGUAUACCAGCUGGGGGAAUACGAAUCGUUGUUACGGGCACGCAAUUUACCAGCAUACAGGCGCCAAGCAUUUAUGUUUUAUAUAACGGGCAGAUGUAUGCUAGCCAGUGUCGUGUACAAACUGAUACAGAAAUGAAAUGCCCAUCACCAGUUAUUGAGGCAGAUAGCCAAAUAUUAGAUCCGGAUAAUCCGACGUUACUCGAAUACGGCUUUCUUAUGGACAACGUGCUCAAAGUGCAGAAUUUAUCGAAAAAGCAUAAUAAUCACUUCGAGCUAUAUCCAAAUCCGGAAUAUUUUGCAUUCGAAGAGCGCGUGAAAUAUUUCAAAAGUGAAUAUCUAACCAUAAAUGGUCGUAAUCUAGAUCGGGCAUGUAAAGAAACGGAUGUUGAGGUAAAAAUCGGUAAUGGAUACUGUAACAUCACAUCUUUAUCUCGACAGCAAUUGACAUGCCGGCCACCGACUGAAGCGUCUGCUGCCAGUAACAGUCCUAGCGGUCCUGAGGUCAUCGUACGUAUUGGUUCAUCUUUGGAAUAUCGUAUUGGCAUUUUAAGUUAUGAAUCAUCAAAUCUUAUUAUGGAUUGGGGUGACAAUGUUGUCUUUGUUGUCAUCGCCGGCUGUGUUAUAUUUCUAUUGAUAUUUGUUGCCUUGCUUGUGGCAUAUCGAAAGAAGACAUCGGAAUCAAAUCGUGUCCUACGCAAUAUGCAAGAACAAAUGGAUAUACUAGAGUUGCGUGUUGCAGCUGAAUGUAAAGAGGCGUUUGCUGAACUCCAAACGGAAAUGACAGAUUUAACUGGUGAUUUAACAUCGGGUGGCAUACCAUUUUUGGAUUAUCGUUCAUAUGCUAUGAAAAUCUUAUUUCCCAAUCAUGAAGAUCAUAGCGUCUUACAGUGGGAGAAACCAGAAUUGUUGCGCAAAGAGAAAGGCUUACGUCUGUUCGCUCAACUUAUUAUGAACAAGACAUUUCUAUUGCUAUUUAUACGAACCUUGGAAUCGAAUAGAUAUUUCUCAAUGCGUGAACGUGUUAAUGUCGCUUCAUUAAUUAUGGUUACACUUCAAUCGAAAUUGGAAUAUUGUACCGAUAUUUUGAAGACUCUAUUAAGUGAUUUGAUUGAGAAGUGCAUUGAGGGCAAAAGUCAUCCAAAACUAUUGCUUAGAAGGACGGAAAGUGUUGCUGAAAAAAUGCUAAGCGCUUGGUUUACAUUCUUGCUCUACAAAUUCUUAAAGGAAUGUGCUGGGGAGCCAUUGUAUAUGCUAUUUCGUGCUGUCAAGGGUCAAGUAGACAAGGGUCCAGUCGAUGCAUGCACCCACGAGGCUCGUUACUCUCUGAGUGAAGAGAAACUUAUACGUCAAUCGAUUGACUUUCGGCCAAUGACUGUCAAUGCGAGCAUUAUACAGCAGCCCAUAUUCUGCAAUAACUUAGAUAUGUUGCCCUCACACACUGAGAACGUAUCGGUUAAGGUUCUUGAUUGCGAUACAAUCGGUCAAGUGAAAGAGAAGUGUUUGGAAACAAUAUAUAGAAAUAUACCAUCUAGUCAAAGGCCACGGAAAGACGACUUAGAUUUAGAAUGGCGAACUGGAGCUACUGGUCGUGUUAUACUAUACGAUGAAGACGCUACUUCAAAAACUGAAAGUGAAUGGAAAAAACUUAAUACAUUGCAACAUUAUAAUGUACCGGACGGUGCAGGCUUGAGCUUAGUACCAAAACAAAGUUCCAUCUAUAAUUUUAGUAUAUUGUCUGACAAAAACGAGAAAUCUCAUAAAUAUGAAACACUGAAUAUAUCAAAGUACACCUCCUCCUCACCGACAUUCAGCCGCGCCGGCAGUCCCUUGAACAAUGAUAUGCAUGAUAAUGGCAUCAAGUAUUGGCAUUUGGUUAAGCAUCAUGAUAGUGAUAUACAAAAGGAAGGCGAACGUGUUAAUAAACUGGUCUCCGAAAUAUAUUUAACUCGAUUGCUGGCAACAAAGGGCACAUUGCAGAAGUUCGUCGAUGAUCUAUUCGAGACAAUAUUUAGUACUGCUCAUCGUGGCUCUGCCUUGCCCCUGGCAAUUAAAUAUAUGUUUGACUUUUUGGAUGAUCAGGCCCUAUUGCAUGGAAUUACAGAUCCUGAGGUCGUUCAUACAUGGAAAAGCAACAGUUUGCCAUUGCGUUUUUGGGUGAACUUAAUAAAAAAUCCAAAUUUUGUAUUUGAUAUACAUAAAUCAAAUAUUGUGGACUCCUGUCUGUCAGUUGUAGCUCAAACAUUUAUGGAUUCUUGCUCAACAUCGGAUCAUCGUUUGGGCAAAGACUCACCAAGCUCAAAGCUGUUAUAUGCUAAAGAUAUACCGGAGUAUCGGAAAUGGGUUGAUCGAUAUUACAGAGAUAUUCGGGAUAUGUCUUCAAUAUCUGAUCAGGACAUGAAUGCAAUGCUCGCUGAAGAAUCUAGGCUUCACACAACUGAAUUUAAUACGAAUUGUGCUUUGCAUGAGCUUUACACAUACGCUGUAAAGUAUAAUGAGCAAUUGACAGUGACACUGGAGGAGGAUGAAUUUUCGCAGAAACAAAGACUGGCAUUCAAAUUGGAGCAAGUUCAUAAUAUAAUGUCAGCUGAAUAAGAAUCGUCGACGUCGUCAACUCUCCCAAACCAAGAUUUUAAUCAUCAUAAACAGUAUAAAAAGUGCUUAUCUGUGUAUUAUUCAAAUUAUGCGUAUGA